AUGGACAUCGUACAGGCCGUCUCCGGCUACAUCACCAAGAUGGUGUCGGUCGGAGACAGCGCUGCGACCGGCACGUCUGCAGCCAAGAUGAAGAUACUUUUACUCGACAAUGAGACUGUGUCCAUAGUGUCUUCUGCGACGACGCAGUCAGCGCUUCUCACACAUGAAGUCUACCUCACCGAUCGAAUAGAGAACCAGAAACGAGAGAAGAUGCGACAUCUUCGGUGCUUAUGCUUCGUACGACCAUCGCCAGAAUCGAUACAGAGUUUGAUUGAGGAGCUGCGGGACCCCAAGUACGGGGAAUACCAUAUAUACUUCAGCAACGUCAUCAAAAAGUCUUCACUCGAGCGGCUGGCCGAAGCAGACGAUCACGAGGUUGUGCGCACUAUUCAGGAGCACUUCGCCGACUUCUUUGUCAUCAACCCAGACUUGAUUUCCUUGAAUCUCAGCUUCCCAGAUCACAGGAUAUGGAGUACUAGCCCGGACUCGUGGAACCAAAACUCUUUACAAAGAUCUACCGAAGCGGUUCUGGCCCUACUUCUUGCGCUGAAGAAGAAGCCGUUGAUUCGAUACCAGAAGAACAGCCUCCUCGUGAAGAAACUAGCGACUGAAGUACGCUACAACAUAACUCAGGAGGAACAACUAUUCGACUUCAGAAAAACCGAUACCCCUCCCAUCUUGCUAGUGGUUGACCGAAGAGACGAUCCGGUCACGCCAUUGCUCACACAGUGGACCUACCAAGCCAUGGUUCAUGAAUUGCUAGGGAUCAAUAACGGAAGAGUCGACCUGCGUGAUGUGCCUGAGAUACGACCAGAGAUGAAAGAGAUUGUCCUUUCUCAAGAACAAGAUCCCUUCUUCAAAAAGAACAUGUACCUGAACUUCGGUGAUCUCGGGCAAAACGCGAAGGAGUAUGUCGAACAGUUCGCCACAAAGCAGCAAGGCACACAGAAGCUCGACUCGAUCGCAGACAUGAAGCGCUUCAUCGAGGACUUUCCCGAGUUUCGCAAGCUAUCCGGCAACGUUACGAAGCAUGUCACCCUCGUGGGUGAGCUGAGCCGAAGAGUCGGCGAAGAGACUCUACUGGACAUUAGUGAGCUCGAGCAGAGCCUUGCAUGCCAGGACAACCACUCCAACGAUGUGAAGUCCUUACAAAAAAUCAUACAAGAUCCAAAGGUUCCAGCGAACAACAAGCUACGACUUGUGGCUAUCUAUGCGCUGCGCUACCACAAAAACUCUUCGAACUCAACAGCUAUGUUGCUCGACUUGCUGGCUGUAGCAGGAGGCCUGUCAAGGAACCGCAUCAACCUCAUCACAAAACUUCUUACCUAUCACGACUCACUGCAAUCAGCUGCAGCUGCAGGAGGCAUGCCAGAUUUGUUCCAGCCAGGAUCAUUUUUUGGUGGCGCCAGAGACCGCUUCAAGGGCCUGAAAGGCGUCGAGAACGUAUACACUCAGCACUCUCCUCGAUUAGAGACCACAUUGCAGGACUUGAUCAAGGGACGCUUGAGUCAGCAACUGUACCCAUUUGUGGAAGGUGGCGGGACUACCAAAGACAAGCCUCAAGACAUCAUCGUGUUCAUGGUAGGUGGAACAACCUACGAAGAAGCCAAGAUGGUUGCGCAAGUGAACGCGAGCUCUCCCGGCGUCCGUGUUGUUCUCGGGGGGACUACCGUGCAUAACAGCACCUCGUUCUUGGAAGAGGUCGAGGAUGCAGUAGAGUCUUGGCCUGAGCCUCCGGCUACUUCAGCUGCAGCCCGGUUGCGGCGGGAAGUAGGCAGGUAG